AUGGCAACCGCGAACCCCAAGCUAUACUACAAGGUUGGCGUACUGCUUUUCGACAGAGCGGAUGUUCUCGACUUCACGGGACCAAUGGAGGUCUUGUCGCAUGUUUCGCAUAACCGCAAUCCCGACCAGCCGGAUCGGAUGUUCACCUUCGAGACCAUUGCGCAGACCUCGACGAUCCGCGCGGCGAACGUGAUGAACGUGGAAGCCGAUAGGCUCUUGGAAGAGGCAGAAAGGGACCUUGCGGAAUAUGACAUCCUGAUUGUUCCAGGAGGACCACCCGCCGUGGUUAAGCCAUUGAUCGAGGGAAAUGCACCGGAAGUGGAUAUGAUCCGCAAGUUUGCAGCGCUGCCCUUGUCAAGCUCCCGCAAUCCACGGAUCCUCUUCUCCAUCUGCACUGGUGCCUUUCUCCUUGGGCGAGCAGGGAUUCUAUCUGGAAUGACCGUCACCACCCACCAUCGCGGUGUAGACGUGCUACGGGACAUAUGUGCUCGCUUUGGCGACAAAAACGAGCCUCCCGUGAAUGUAGUGCAUAAGCGCUACACGGAUGGGAACCUUCUGAAGGGGAGAUCAGUGCAGCUCAUCACUGCAGGCGGGAUUAGCUCUGGCUUGGACGCGACAUUCCAUGUCGUGCGUCAAUUGUCAAGCCCGGAUAUGGCGGCCUUUGUGUCGCGAGUGAUGGAGUACGAUUGGACCGAACAGGGCAAUUGA